AUGGAGAGGGGGCACAGAAGCCAAAGACUGAUCCCUCUCCAGACCCAUCUCGCAACAGGUUCUGCGGAUUCAGGGUCGUCUUCAAGUCUAAAUAAUUCUUCGAUCCCAUCUCAGGAGAGGGAUUCGAGUGCCCCUCCAAGCAAGGGACCCUCCUUCCCUCAGACGAGCUUCUAUCACCAGGCACCAUUCCAGCCUUCGGCACCAAACGCCUGCUCGAAGCAAUCCGAUGAACUCGUCUGGUCAGCUGAUUCGAUCGAGAGAUUUCUCGUCGGCGACGAUGCGGCCGAUGGGAUAGGGCAGAUGCAGAGCCAUGCCAUGGCGGGGUCGGCCUCCCGCGCCAGGCAGAAUGACUGGUCUGAUUUGGUGUCCAACGACAGCCUCGGAGGCAGCUGGAAUGACUACGUCCUCCGCACAGACGGCGCUCUCGCCGAAUCCAAGGUACCCACCCCAAAGGCAGAUUUUUCUCUGGAUUUCCAUGGUUUCUUCAUAAAAAGAUUGCUUUUUUAUAUGGAUAGAGUGAUCUAAAAACUAUAUAUAAAUAGUAAUUUCUAAACACAAGGAAGAUACCCAGAGCACAGAUUUUAUGGAUCGAAGUGACUGAGACCUUUUUUCUUUUUCUUUUUAUCGAGUAAUCUCAUUUUUUUUUUACAUUUAUGAGAAAACGACAUCAGUUUUCUGAUUACAAAAUCCCUUGGGCGCUUUUAUCUAGGCUCUCUAUCCAGCCGCAUCUCACCUGCUGGCGCAGAUGGCGCCGCCGCCGCCGCAGUUUUAUCAACAAAUGCCGUCGAAUUCCGGGGGAAUGAGCGCGGCGAACGGUUCCUUGUCCUCUGGCAGCAGCGGCCCCCCCGCGAAGCCUCGGAUACGGUGGACGCCCGAGCUCCAUGAGCGCUUUGUGGAAGCUGUCAACCAGCUGGGGGGCAGCGAAAGUAAUGCCAUUUCUGAGACUGUGACUAAUCUUCCGCAGAGGGCGUUGACCCCCCCCCCCCCCUUUGUGCAGUAUCCUCAUGAUUUAUUUUCUUUACCCACAGAGGCCACACCUAAAGGUGUCUUAAAGCUUAUGAGAGUCGAUAGGUUGACCAUCUACCAUGUGAAGAGCCAUCUGCAGGUGCUCAUCGUCUUUCUUUCCUCUUUGACGCCCAAUCUUCAUACAUCACCGCACCCAGUUUUAAUCGGUUGCUCUUGCUUCUUUGAAGAAAUACAGGACUGCCCGAUUCAAACCGGACUCACCCGAAGGUCAGACGACGAACACGGCCCCUUUUUUUCCAAGAAAAUCUCUCAUUUUCUUCAUUUUCUUUCUCGUGAGCAGGAGCGUCGGAGAGGAAUCUCGAUUCCCUUGAAGGGAUGACUUCUCUCGACCAAGGGACGUAAGUCGCCCAUCCAUCGUCCAUCCGGGGAAAUUAUAACCAGAUUUGGGGGUGGACGUAUUUUCCUCGCUGAUGCUGCGUUGACUUUUACUGACAAUUAUCUUUAAUCAGCUAAGCAAGCGGUGGAUUCUAACUUGCAAGUUUGCCCAACCUGAAGUAGGGUUAUUUUUUCCAGGGGACUUGGGAUCACCGAGGCGCUACGACUGCAGAUGGAGGUCCAGAAGAAACUUCAUGAACAGCUCGAGGUUCCAUAACUUGAUGUUUUUAUGUUCCAAAGUUUUCAUCGUCGGUUGAUCCCACCCGUGAAUGGCUUUGGAUUUUCUGACUCAAAAACUUGUAUGCAGAUUCAGAGGAAGCUGCAGCUGCAGAUCGAAGAGCAGGGGAAGUAUCUCCAGAUCAUGUUCGAGAACCAGCGGAGGAUGGAUAAUGGGGGGCACAAUCCGUCUUCCACCCUCGACAGCGCCGCCUCCGCCACCGCCGCUACAAAUGAGACUCCCGGUCAAGAUGGGGCCGCCGCCGGAGACACAGCAGUGGACCCAGAGCCAGCCAGGGAAAGCUCCAGCGGAGCGGGCGGUGAGCAGCACCGGGUCAAUCCGGAGACUCCCCCUGGGCUUGAUUCAGUCCCCUCGGAGGCCUUUCCAUCUACCCCACGCGGCAAGCGCCCGAGGCUGGGCGAGGUACAUCCUUGA